AUGACCCCUGAAUCCAUAAUCGCAGGCAAGGUCAGAACCCUGGGACACUUCCCAGUUGACCGCGGCUUAUCGUCGGACCACCCCCAUCCCGUCCGGCGGACAUGGGUCAACGCCCCGACCACGCCGACCCCCUGGCUUCAAAGCUGCCAAUUUGACGUCGGCAGACAGGAAGGUUUGGCUGGGUCGGCGGAGGUCGCGAUCCUUGGAGCCUGCGAAGUAUUGAUCGGGCCGAACGCACAUCAAGGCAGCAAGGCCCAAGCCGGCCAUGAGAGCAUUCGUGGGGACCUUUGGAAGCUUUAA